AAGAGGGAGAAAGAGGGAGAGAGUAGGAGGACUGGGAGGAAGGAGCGUGGCGUCCGCGUGGCGCGUGGCGAGCCCUGACGCGAAGCGAAGAUAGCCUCGCGAGGGCCACGACGACGCGGAGCACUCGGCCUCUACCCCGUCCUCCGCGGCGCGAUGUCCGCGGGACGUCGUCGGUGAACGGCGAGCGUGCGUGCGUGCGUGCGCGUGCCACGCGCGUGGAACCGGUUCACGGAGCACCGUCAGCACCUCGCGAGGCGAAGGCGAGAGACGUGCGGGCGAGCGGGCGCGCGCGCGGAAGAAGCAGGUGAAAGCGAGACAAGUCGGCCGCUCGGUGUCUCCGGGUCAGGGCAUGCCCGCGCCCCGGCCGCGUCGCGACAGCGUCGCGCACGGCGCGGUUCGUCGGCUAACCUAGAUUCGUGGGUCGCGCACGCGGAAUCCUCGGCCGACGGGCGAGCAUGAACGCGGGUCUCUACACGAUGGCCGCCGCCGACGGCAAGUGGGACAUGGUCUGCCGACUGUGCUCGCAGGUGAGGAACGAGAUGCUGCCAAUCUUCGGCGACGAGGGCCAGCAGCGCAGGGUGGCGCAGAAGCUGCGUGCCUGCCUGCCCGUGCUCGUCUACGAGAGCGAUCCGCUGCCGAAGCAGAUCUGCCAGUUCUGCGCCGCCCGGCUGGACGACGCGUACGAGUUCCGGGAGUUCUGCCUGAGCGUCUACAAGAGCAUGCACGCCGUGCUGCUCACGUGCAAGCAAACCGAGUCCACCCAGAUCUUCCUCGACUCGAUGAGAAACUCGCCGGACCCGUGCCAGGUGCAACUCUGCAGGGAGAAGUCCAGAGCUCCGCCGCCGUUGGUCCCCCUGUCGGCCGCCCUGCCCUUCGACGACUCGGCGAUGCCGAUCGGCCAGGCCGGCCAGGAGCAUCUCCAGGCCGCCUGCCUGGACACCCUGCCCGAGCUGCCCUGCGAGGUGGAGAUCGAGGAGAUGAACGCGGACCCGAUUUUGAGCGCCGAGACCGCCGUCUGCGAGCCGUCGGGCAGGAAGCGCAGGCUGCCGGAGCCGUUCGGCGUGGACGCGCAAACCAAGGCCGAGUCGGUGCUCGUGGCCGACGCGGAGGGAGCGCGAGCUCCCAAACUGGACUAUCAGGCCAAGAGGGAGGAGAAACGAACGAGUAUUCUCGAGCAGGUGCUGACCGGCAGUCUGACGAUGAACAAUCACCAGCAGCUGCAGCCGAGGACGCGGUUGACCUCCGAGUGGUGGUGCGCGCCCUGCAACAGUUACUACAAAACGAAGGACAGUCUGAUGAAGCACAUGCAGCUGCACUGCCCGCGCGUCUACACCUGCAGAAAGUGCUCCGCGUCCUUCGACUCGGUCGAGUUCCUGGCGAAGCACGAGGCCAAGAACCACCUGAAGAUCGACCUGGACUUGAUAGAGAACUUGAACGACUGCGACCAGUGCGAGCGGCAGUUCGUCAGCUGGGAGAUGCUGAAGCAGCACAGGCUGCGCGAUCAUCUGGCCGAGUCGGCCAAGAUCGGGAGCAACACCUGGUGUUCGUUGUGCAAUAGAUUCUUCCGUACAGUCGAGUCUUAUCAAGGCCACGUUCAGCUGCACCAAACGAGGUGGAUAGUGUCACCGAAGUUGCCGUCCUCCGAACCCACGGUGGCGAAAAUAGCGGAGCGACCGAGGGAGAUUAAACGAGACGAGCAAUAUUACGAAAACGUUCGAUCCCUCAUGUGUCCCACUUGCGGCAAGAUUUGUACCCAGCAGAGCGCGUUGUCGAAUCACAUGCGCACUCACGAGCCGAAGAAGUUCAAGUGCAACAUUUGCGGCCGAUCGUUCGGGCUUCUCAUACGCCUCGCCGGGCACAGAAUAACCGAGCAUAAUGAACAAACGAUGAUGUCACCGGCCCUGUCGGCGGUCGAGCAAGAGGAGGCCUUGAACGCCGAGAGGGAGGCGAGAGAGGCGAGGGAAGCUAAGACUCGCGGCACCAAGAGACCUUAUUCCGAGGUAAUGGAGAAGAGCGACGCGCCGGUAGACGACGAGUCCCCGACGAAACGCACUACCGGCGGACAUAAAAACGUGGCGAGGUGCGGCAUCUGCUUACAAUGGUUCAGCGACCACACGACGAUGUUGACGCACCUGCAGACGCACUCGGAUAAUUAUACCCACAAAAGUUACGUGUGUCAAAUAUGCAAAAAAACAUUUAGGGAACAGUCGCAGCUGUCGAAGCACGAGGCUUGUCAUAAACGUCUAACGCUCGAUAACGCCUCACUCCCGUACACACCCGCCGUUUUCAACAAAUCAUUCAUGGAUAAGGCGCAUCAAAAGAUCCACAUAGUGAGAAAGACCUAUCACUGCGACAAGUGUAAUAAAAUCUUUUUCAAAGAAGUAUCGCUGCUCGCCCACGAAUGCACAGGCGGGGCGCCGCUGGAAAAGAAAGUCGCAGCGAAAUCGCGGCAGAAGUCGUCGUCCCACGUCGUCGGCGACAAGUCGUACAAGUGCUCCAAGUGCGACGCGAUUUUCGCGAGCUCGCAGUCGCGAAAUGCUCACAUGAAAAUGCACGCGGAGUACAUGCGCGGCAGUACGGCGCAGACGCACGAGGUCAAAGUCGAGGCGGACGACGAGCCGAUGCCAAAAUUACGUCCGGAGACGCUGCUGGAGUACGUGUCUCCUAUCGAGCCAAAGGUUGAAAUUGACGAGCAGAGCGCGCCGCCGCUGCCUCUCAAGCGGACUCUCAUUAAUACCACCAGCGGGUUUCGGUGCGGCGUGUGCUCGUCGCCGUUUGUGUCGAGGGAGCUGGCCGUGGCGCAUCUGAGAUCCGCACACCCUAAGAUGCCAUAUCAGUGCCCUUACUGCAAGAAACACUUCACGACGCAGUUCAAGUUUUCCUGUCAUAUCAAGAGGGAUCAUCCUGACGAGCCCGAGAAAUGAAGAUCGUUUGGAUCGCGCUGGAGGAAGUGAACAGAUCGAAAUUAUAUCACAGCAUGUGCCUCGUAUUACGUGUGUGUGUGUGUGUGUGUG